CGGCUGUGAUUGGGAGUCCCAUAGGGCGGCGCACAAUUGGCCCAGCGUCGUCCGGGCUUGGCCGGUGUAGGCCGUCACUACCUCUCAGGUAAAAUGUUCACAUUUCCAAAGGAGUCCGAUUCUGAUCAUGUGGUGCUAAUGCCAACAGGAGAAAACUAUUCUUCUGUGACAGUAUGUCUCAGGUAUUUCACAGAUGUCAAGAGGGCGUUUUCCAUCUUUUCCAUGGCAACUCCGACAAGCACCAAUGACUUCCUGUUGUUCAAAGAGUCUAAUGGUGACAUGGAGCUACAUGUUAGAUAUGUGGGAAGUGCAUUCACAGGGCUACCAGGUGAGCAGAACAUGUGGAUGUCUCUGUGUGGGAGCUGGGACUCAGUCACCGGACUCAGUCAGGUUUGGAUCAAUGGGAAGCCGAGUGCAAGGAAGAUGGGAUACACUGCUGGGAGUGUGCUGAAUGGAAAACCCAUCAUCAUCCUAGGCCAGGACCAGGAUUCUUAUGGUGGAAAUUUCGAUAAGGGACAAGCGUUUAUUGGUCAACUCACUGAUGUGCACAUGUGGAAUUAUGGUCUGUCACCUUGUGAGAUCCAGCGCUUCACAAGCGACUUAAAUUUCACCCCUGGGAAUGUACUUAACUGGAGGUCCCUUGAGUACACAAUUGAUGGGCAUGUGGUUCUCGAAAACAAGCAAACACCUUGCCAAGAAUGAGCAGUGUUAGCCAAUCAUUCAGUGUUGUUGAGACAUGUUGACUAUAAUCAAACAUCUGAAUAUGCAUGUGUGUCUAUUCACAACUAUUCUGCAAAUCAUCAUAAAAAGUGUUUUUCUAAUCAAAUCAAGAAACACAUUUUUUCCUAAAGCAAUAUCCUCCAAUGAAUCUAAUAAAAUUACACUCUUUAUAGUAAAUUGUGUAUUUCAGUGCAGGCUCAUUGCAAGCCCAGUCUGGGGACAGAGGGGAGGGCAACAUGGUUGGGAACGGUGUGAUACAUUUUUUAGUUGGCACCCAGGUUAAAGGUCGAAUUCAGACGUUUUUAAAGGGAAAUUUCUCAGGGUAAGAAUUUUGCUAGGACUGUCUGGGAGUGGUCUGAGUGGGGAGGGGAAAACUGAAAAUUAGCUUUUAUUGGCAGAGAGGUUUGGAACUUUCUUAUUGGUCUAUUAACUCAUUUACUGCAUGGUGAUGUCACCAUGGAACGCCAAAACUCCAUCCCACCAAAACAGCCUGAAAUUUCAGGCAGUCGGUUCAAACAGCUCUUACACUAAAAGGGCAUUAUCAUUAUUCCACAGUAUUAUUCCAACUUCAUAGUGUGAAAAUAUAUAAAACACAGAAAAAUCCCGUUUUUAUUUGGGUAAGCAAACAUACUUAAUCCACAUGUUUAAGGACGAAGUUAACCAAAUCAGUUAUUCAAAGAUAAAACCCCAAAAUACCGUUUUGUUUAUUUACAAAACAUUCAAAUCAUGUAAACUAAAAAGGUACAGUAAUUGAUUUACACUUCAGUCUGUAUGAGCUCUGUUAUUACCUGGGUUGUCUAGCAAUAUGCAAACACUUAUGCAAACACUUCAAAUAAAUUGAAAUUGUAUCCCA